AUACCCCCUUUUCCUGAACCGCGUCCCAUCGACCGUACGUAUCUCCCUCUGCCCGUGCAUCCUGCUGAAAUCGCCGUCCCUGCCCUCCUCUCCCCUCGACAGCAGCCCAUAUUCCUCCCAGCUGCCGCCUGGCAGCAUUCCCGCACUUCGCUGCUCCAAAAAAACCACCAAAAAAAAAGUUCAAAAAUCUACCGUCAAAAUGGGUCACGAAGAUGCUGUUUACCUGGCCAAGCUCGCCGAGCAGGCUGAGCGAUAUGAGGAGAUGGUUGAGAACAUGAAGAUCGUCGCCUCCGAGGACCGCGACCUGACCGUCGAGGAGCGCAACCUUCUCUCCGUCGCCUACAAGAACGUCAUUGGUGCUCGCCGCGCCUCUUGGAGAAUAGUCACUUCUAUCGAGCAGAAGGAGGAGUCUAAGGGCAACUCUUCCCAGGUCACCCUUAUCAAGGAGUACCGCCAGAAGAUCGAGAACGAGCUUGCCAAGAUCUGCGACGAUAUCCUUGAGGUUCUCGACCAGCACCUGAUCCCCUCUGCCAAGUCUGGCGAGUCCAAGGUCUUUUACCACAAGAUGAAGGGUGACUACCACCGUUACCUCGCUGAGUUCGCUAUUGGCGACCGCCGCAAGGACUCUGCCGACAAGUCCCUCGAGGCUUACAAGGCUGCCACCGAGGUUGCCCAGACUGAGCUGCCUCCCACCCACCCCAUCCGCCUUGGACUUGCCCUCAACUUCUCCGUCUUCUACUACGAGAUCCUCAACGCUCCCGACCAGGCUUGCCACCUCGCCAAGCAGGCCUUUGACGAUGCUAUUGCUGAGCUCGACACCCUCAGCGAGGAGAGCUACAAGGACUCCACUCUCAUCAUGCAGCUGCUCCGUGACAACCUCACCCUCUGGACCUCCUCCGAGGCCGAGACCUCCGGCCAGGCUGAUGCCCCUGCUAAGGAGGAGACCCCUGCUGAGGCUGCUGCUCCCGCCGCCGAAGAGCCCAAGGCUGAGUAAGUUCAGGGGAGCACGGUAUAAAUCUCUAGGCUUGGGUCGCUUUGUUAUCGGAUGGGCUGGUGUCUACGGUGUGGAUGGAAGACUUCGUUUUUGAUCAAGAGCUUCGGCAUCGUUUUAGGUAAAACACGCAAACUAUUUUCGGGAAGGAAUCGAUUUGGUUCCCCCUUUACGGACUGGCAGGGAGGAUGAAGAAGAAGAGCAUAUUGGAGGUUCUGCUUUUAGACUCUUGAUGCGUAGCCGUCUGGACAAAUAAAAACUACUAAAAUUGCUUUUUAAUAUUAUAUUAUAUGAACCAGAACUCUUCUAUUUUUUGCCUAACAUUGAUCCAUUUCGCUCCUAGAUGCGCCUUGCUUAAACACGAUUUUGCCCAACAUUUCCAAGUGUUCCCAAAUUAAGACUCCCUUCUCUUCCCCCCUGGUUUAGCGACACGACGAGCUGGUCGGCUUGACUCUUUCUUAUCUGAUACUGACGCAUGAUUCUCAUCUCAUGCAUCUUCUACAACGGCAAAGUGGACUUUAAGCCAAAGGCUACAAUCUUGGCAGCCAACCAUGAGCACCCCUUCGUGCUCAACCUCUUCUAAAUCUGUCUCCUGAAAGGCGUAUCCAUGGUUAUUGCCGCAGCGACAGGAUCUAUACCAGCGCUCCUCCUCUUCGUCAAACGGCAAAUCAUCUAAAUCCACGUUUUCAAUACCUGUUUGAAAACGUGCCUGUGAAUCACAAGCGUUUUCU